UGUGCGCGCACCAGCAGCCCGGCCCGGGAGGAGCAGGACGCGCCGGGGCCGCCUCCUCCCGCACGGACCCAUGAACCAGCCGGGCGGCGCGGCGGCUCCGCAGGAAGAGGAGAAUAAAGGAAAUGAAAUAUUUGGUCUGCUGCGUUUCACUCAAAGAUGGUGGCCCUUCCGUGAGGAGCCCAGGAAGCUGGGCGAGAGGCUGACGGAGCCAGUGCAGCCGGAAGGAAAAGCACUGCCAGCAGGGAGCGCUUGAAGCGCAGCCAGAAGAGCACCAAGGUGGAGGGUCCAGAGCCAGCGCCAGCUGAGGCCUCGCUGAGUGCCGAACAGGGUACGAUGACGGAGGUGAAGGUCAAGACAGAGCUGCCCGACGACUACAUCCAGGAGGUGAUCUGGCAGGGUGAGGCCAAGGAGGAGAAGAAGGUGGUCAGCAAGGACGGGACAGGCGACGUGCCUGCAGAGAUCUGCGUGGUGAUUGGCGGUGUCCGCAACCAGCAGACCCUUGAUGGAAAAGCGCCCGAAGCCAGCCCCCGCUGCAGAUCUGUGCGAGGCCGGUAUUCAGGGACCUGGAUUUUUGACCAAGCGUUGAGAUGUACACCGGGGUCCUACGAGUGUGGGAUCUGUGGCAAGAAGUACAAGUAUUACAACUGCUUCCAGACCCACGUGCGGGCGCACCGAGACACCGAAGCCACCUCAGGGGAGGGAGCCUCCCAAAGCAACAACUUCAGGUACACGUGUGACAUCUGCGGGAAGAAGUACAAGUACUACAGCUGCUUCCAGGAGCACCGGGACCUGCACGCCGUGGAUGUGUUCAGUGUGGAAGGGGCCCCCGAGAAUCGGGCAGACCCCUUCGACCAAGGUGUUGUGGCCACUGAUGAAGUGAAGGAGGAGCCCCCAGAGCCAUUCCAGAAAAUUGGGCCAAUGAACAAUAUUACAUCAGACAUUUUUAAGAAGAAAGAAGUUAGGCAAAGCCAAAAGAGAGAAACUGGGAAUUACACCUGUGAAUUCUGCGGGAAGCAGUACAAAUACUACACGCCCUACCAGGAGCACGUGGCCUUACACGCCCCCAUCAGUGCCGCCCCUGGGUGGGAGCCGCCGGACGAUCCAGACACGGGCUCUGAGUGUUCACAUCCAGAGGUCACCCCGUCUCCACGCUUCGUGGCAGCGAAGACCCAGACGAACCAGUCGGGGAAAAAAGCUCCGGCCUCCGUGGUCCGCUGUGCCACCCUCUUGCACCGCACCCCUCCAGCAGCCCAAACCCAGACGUUCCGCACUCCAAAUUCGGGAUCUCCAGCAAGCAAGGCGACCGCAGCAGAAAGCGCCUUUAGUCGGAGAGUAGAAGGCAAAGCACAAAACCACUUUGAAGAGACCAACAGCAGUUCACAGAACUCCAGCGAGCCCUACACCUGCGGAGCCUGCGGGAUCCAGUUCCAGUUCUACAACAACCUGCUGGAGCACAUGCAGUCCCACGCAGCUGACAACGAAAACAACAUCGCCUCCAACCAGUCCCGGUCUCCACCUGCUGUAGUGGAAGAGAAGUGGAAGCCCCAGGCCCAGAGGAACAGCGCCAAUAACACCACAACCAGUGGGUUAACCUCCAACAGCAUGAUCCCGGAGAAGGAGCGGCAGAACAUCGCCGAGCGGCUGCUGCGAGUCAUGUGCGCCGACCUGGGCGCGCUGAGUGUGGUCAGCGGGAAGGAGUUCCUCAAGCUGGCCCAGACCUUGGUGGACAGCGGCGCCCGCUAUGGGGCCUUCUCGGUCACCGAGAUUCUGGGCAACUUCAACACACUGGCCCUCAAGCACCUGCCUCGUAUGUACAACCAGGUGAAGGUCAAGGUGACAUGCGCCUUGGGCAGCAAUGCCUGCCUGGGCAUCGGUGUCACCUGCCACUCUCAGAGCGUGGGCCCCGACUCCUGCUACAUCCUCACAGCCUACCAGGCCGAGGGCAACCACAUCAAGAGCUACGUGCUGGGCGUGAAGGGCGCAGACAUUCGUGACAGCGGUGACCUGGUGCACCACUGGGUACAGAACGUACUCUCGGAGUUCGUGAUGUCGGAGAUCAGGACAGUGUACGUGACGGAUUGCCGGGUGAGCGCGUCCGCCUUUUCCAAGGCCGGCAUGUGCCUCCGCUGCUCAGCCUGUGCCUUGAACUCAGUGGUGCAGAGCGUGCUGAGCAAGCGGACGCUGCAGGCCCGCAGCAUGCACGAGGUCAUCGAGCUGCUCAACGUGUGCGAGGACCUGGCGGGCUCUACGGGCCUCGCCAAGGAGACCUUCGGGUCGCUGGAGGAGACCUCGCCACCGCCCUGCUGGAACUCCGUGACGGACUCGCUGCUUCUGGUGCACGAGCGCUACGAGCAGAUCUGCGAGUUCUACAGCCGGGCCAAGAAGAUGAACCUCAUCCAGAGCCUCAACAAGCACCUGCUCAGCAACCUGGCCGCCAUCCUGACGCCCGUGAAGCAGGCGGUGAUCGAGUUGAGCAACGAGAGCCAGCCCACCCUGCAGCUGGUGCUGCCCACCUACGUCAGGCUGGAGAAGCUGUUCACGGCCAAGGCCAACGACGCGGGCACCGUCAGCAAGCUGUGCCACCUCUUCCUGGAGGCGCUCAAGGAGAACUUCAAAGUGCACCCGGCCCACAAGGUGGCCAUGAUCCUGGACCCGCAGCAGAAGCUGCGGCCCGUGCCGCCCUACCAGCACGAGGAGAUCAUCGGCAAGGUCUGCGAGCUCAUCAACGAGGUGAAGGGGUCCUGGGCCGAGGAGGCCGACUUCGAGCCCGCUGCCAAGAAGCCCCGCUCCGCAGCUGGCGAGCACCCCACAGCUCAGGAGGAUGAUCGGCUGGGGAAGAGCGAGGUGUACGACUACCUGCAGGAGCCCCUCUUCCAGGCCACCCCUGACCUCUUCCAGUACUGGUCUUGCGUGACCCAAAAGCACACAAAACUCGCCAAGCUUGCCUUCUGGCUCCUGGCGGUCCCAGCCGUGGGGGCCAGAAGUGGGUGUGUAAAUAUGUGUGAGCAGGCCCUCCUGAUCAAAAGGAGGCGGCUGCUCAGCCCGGAAGACAUGAACAAACUCAUGUUUCUGAAAUCCAACAUGCUUUAAGACUCCGAAACAAAGAAAAAGAGAAGAAAACAGAGAAAUGACCGUUAGAAAAAACACACAACACUGUCACAAAGAAAAGGAAUUUAAGUUCUAAACACUGUGGACCUCAUUAUAAACGCCCCCUAGAAACUUAAGUGCUUUUUUCCAGUGUGUGUGUGUGUGCAUGUGUGUCCACAUCCACACGUGUGUGCGUGUGUCCAAACACACGUGCCCGGGGUGUGGGGGGCCUUGUGCUCAUCUGCACAUCCAGAGAAGCUUUGCACACGCGUGCACACACAUACAAUCCUGGUGCAUGUGCAUGCACCUGCCUGCGGGUGUGUGUGCAUUGACUGGGUGUGUCAGGAAAGCCAAGUGACUGGGAAAGAGGGAGAAGUUUCACCUUUUCUCGGGAAGGGGCUCUAAAGACUCCAUUUUCAGGUGUGCAGAUCAGGAGAAGCUGACGUUGUGAAAUGUUCAGGCAGCUGAGAUCUGAAUGACUUGAUGCUCCCUGUCCUGGCCUGCCCACACCCAGCCCUCCAGCCCCACCCGCCCCCACCCCGCCCAGCUGCUCUGCCACGGAUUCUCCAAACUGCAUCAGAUGGACAGUUUCUGCACUGGACUUUGUUUCUCGUUCACCUUCAGGGCAUUGAGCUGCUGCCUGGGGAGCCCCCUGGGGUGUCUCCAGGCAGCCGCCUUAGAAACACACCUAUCUAUCUCCCUAAAUCAGGAAAAGGAGACUUUAAGAAUAUAAAGCUGACGUUUUGCUUUUUAAUAUAAGAGAGGGAAAAAAAGACAUUUUUCAGAGAAGUAUAGCUAACUGUCUCCACUCAACGUCGUUUUUUUUUCCCUAACAUUUUAGCAGUUUUCUCCUCUUUGGGGGGUUUGUUUUGUUUCUUCCGAUUUGAUUUAGACUCUGCUAGGAGGCACUGAAUGUCUAACUUAUGUUUCCGAGUUUCGCCCUUUUCGUUCCUCGAGUCACACUGUAAACUAGCUCAUCUCAGAGGUACAUUCAGUACCCUAAGGUUUUUUUCUGCCUUCCCCCUGCAACCAGUUUUCACCUGUUGGCAGCAAGGUCAAGAGCAAGGUCUUGGCUGAGCUGUCUGCGGACCAGGGGUGGGGGCGGGGUCGCGGGAACCUCAGGCGCGGGGUCUGGUGGAAGCCAUAGGGGGCAGCACCUGGCUUAGGGGUUCUGAACAUAAGCGGAAGAGCCGCCCCCCUGCUUCGCUGCGCCUGGUACCGCGAGUUCUGACUUCCGUACCCAGAGUGCUCUGCGCUCCCCACCAGGGCCUAACCCUUCCAGCUCAACAGGGACUUCUGCCUUGAUCCAUGUUCGCGUCCACCACACCCCAGACCCACAGCCUCUCCUACUAUUUCGGGGUUCUAGGGGGUCCACAGCCCUCCUGGGACCCCAAAGGCACUUCAGCCCUCUACCCAGGACAGUAGUUGAGCGUGGUGCCUUGUGGGUGGAUGCAGUGGACUUGAUGCUGUGAAAGGGUCUUUAGGCCUCUCUGCCAGCCCUCAGCCAUGAGCAGUUGUGUUCUCCGCAGUCCAGAUGCUGAGAGUGACACAGAGGAAGAUCAGCUCUCAACCCCCACCCGCCCCACCUCAGUAGAGCUGAUGGUCCCACGUCCCUUCAGUGAUCAUGGCUGUGGGGCAGCGAUGGUCACACUUAAGGCAGAGAAUGACCACCUUUGUGGGGGCUACUGGCAAAGGAACCGUCUCCCUUCCUGGGGGUGGCUGCGUGACUCCCCCUCCCAGUAAUGAAGCAUUACUCAACUGCGAGAUACCUCGACUACAAAAGCACUGUACUACAGCCCUGUCCCUUGUCCCCGGCAGGAAGGGAGUGAAGUUGGUCAUGACUGAGGGCCCAGAUCAACGUCUUUGGGGGCCGAGCCUGUGCACUUUGGCUCAUGAGAACUGGCCCAGCCCUCCCUGCGGCGUCUGGGACAUUCUGGAAUGAAUACAAGCGGGCCAUUUCCACAUUCGCUCCAGCGAGCCCCGGUCUCAGGAGCCACUCUGCCAUCUCUCCUCCUGGAGAAGUUCUCAUGAUUUCCUCCACAUCUGCAGCUCGGAUCCUGUCAACAGGAGAGCCUCAGUGGAACAAGAACAGGGAGGUCCAGACAGGAGCUAAGGUCACUUCCUGGAGUGGAAACAGCAGCAGGCUCUUGACCUUCUGGGCUUUCCAGAAGGGGAGCUCUCGGCUGCUGCUGAUAGACAGGCGUCUACAGCUGUGCUUGACAGAUGUGGCUGGGGCCACAGCCUGGCACUCCUCACCACACCCGAGCUGCCUGCUUUGUGUGGUCAGUGAGAGCAGCCUUGGAGCAGAACUGUGCUGGUGGCCCUGUUUGGGGGCCACUGAAUUUGAAAGUAAGCAUUUCGCUCUCUUGGAAAGCUUCUAGCAAGCCCAAGUGUGCAAUUAGAACACUCCACAUCAGAGAAAGUCUAAACUCAAGGUAUCUGGCCACAGGCUGUCACCUGUCACCUUCUCUCUGGUUCUUUUGCACCUCAGUUCAGUGCUUGGGGCUUAGCUGGCCUCUGCAGGUCUGAUGUGAAAGCCACUGUGUCCGCACCAAGCUGUCUCCUGCGGCUGCCUCAUCCACAUGGAUAGCAAAGUGGUAGGUGGUCGUUACUCUCUUGCCAGCUCUGGUUCCCCAGGGACUCCUGUCCCCAGUCCUGCUGCAGCAGACAGCUUAACAAAACCCAAAGAUCUCACAGGCUCAACCGCUGGCCCCAUGUCUCCAGCAAUAUCCACCUUACCAAAUUCUAGCUCAGCCAAAGGAUCCGGGCAGGCGCUCCCAGUUCAUCUCCUGGUGCCUGGCCUGGCCCUGACCGUCAGAGAGUCAUCUGCCUCCUGAUUCGGUGACCACUGCAGGUCUUUCCACCACAGGCCUUUGAGGGCUGGGGAACCGGGAAGCUGGGCCUUUUCUGUCAAGAUGGUGGCCUGCUGGCUUGGAUCCAGCUUGCCACGAGCCAUGUGAUUCCCAGGACAGAAAUGGCCUCUGUUUGGACGUCCAUGGCCCCAAGAGGGGAGGUGGAGAGAAUACACCUCCACUUAGCAGGGUUUUCCCCCUCAUCUGAAGUCACAUUGUCACCAACACAGCCCAAGUGAAGGACCCCAGCAUUGUGGUCUCAGAUUGGAGUAGACUGGGGCGGUCUCGGGCCCACCAGGAGCUGUGCUGCCAUCCCGGUCAUGGGUGGAUGCACCCGUCCCAGCCUGGUCCUCCUGUGGCUGGUGCCGAGGUUGAACUGCCGGGCCACCCUCCAGAGCCACGCAGAAGCUAGGAAACAACAGUGCCACCAUCCCAUCUGCUGGGUACCUUCACACUGGGCUGGGGAAAGGACAUCGAGGAUUCCUGGCAAGAAGGGUGGUCCAGUGGCACAGAUGAGAAGUUGCAGGUCUCCGGGACCCUAGGAAGGAGUUGGACACCAGCUGCGUGGGCUGGUCCAGCAUCCCCUCUUUGAGUUCGACCCUGUAUCUCUUGCACUUUGAUGAAACACCAGGGAAGAAUUCUGCAAGUCGUUUUCCACUGUGAAGCUGAACCUCUGCCUUUAGGAGUCCCCUGUUGGUGAGUGAGGCCACCUGUCACUGGACUUGGGGUGGGCUCCUGGCAGGGUGGGCACCUGGAGAGACGUCAGGGAUGCAACACAUGCUCUCUGGGGCCACGGGGUCACCAGGAAGGCUCGCAGAGAAGCCUGUAUGUGGAUGGAGAAGGGAGGCCCGUGAGGCCCAGCAGGGACACCCCCUGACCUUGUCAUACCCGUGCUGUUCUCGAAGGGCACGGCUGGCAGCCUGCUGGCCUCGUAGGCUGCACCGAGCUCGGGCUUUUCCCAGGCCUGGGGAGCUUGACAGCCUCUUGUCUGGAUGUGUCUGAAGGAGGGCCCCUGGGAAGGCUGCUGGUUUCGAUGGGACAGAGAGACGAAGGCUCGUUCUGUGCCCUGGAGAUAGUGGAUGGGGGCUCCUGUCCCUACCCUGCCAGCCCCAGCCCAGUGGGAGAGCUGGGAAGGACCCCCACUCACUGUGGCUCAUGUUUGCUAGGCCAGUUUUGGUGAACCAAUGAUACAGUGUUUCCCUCUUAUGUUUCCCCCCAGGGCGCUCCAGGGCUUCCGGGGAUUUUGUUGUUGUAGUUGUUUUUCUUCCUCUCAUUUGGGUCUGGCUUUCACCUGCCGAGGCCUGUGGUUUCUGUGCCAGACACACCUGCUCCCGCUGGGAUAGGGGGCAACUGUGAGGUCGCGGUCUGACUUAGCCAUGCCUCUCCACCACCUCAGGCGUCCUUUAAGGACUGAUCCUGUGCAGAAGAGUCGCCAGGUCUGUAGCUGGGCAGUGGCAUCACGACCCACAGGGUCCCACCCUCCCAAGCGUCCCACUGGGCAUCUUGACUCAUCGAACCAAAGUUCCUUAAAGGGGCACAGCCCAGCCUUGUCCACAACCUCAGGGGCCUGGGGAUUCCCGUGGCGCACCCUGAAAUCCCAGUCGGCACAGACUGGGGUCUGAGGCCAGCCGCAGGGAGGGGCUCCUUCCAAACCCAGGCGCUGGCCGCUCUCCACCUGGCCUGGCCGAGGCGGUGGCUUCCCCGUGGUGAGCCAGCUCCUGAACUGCCGUGGGCUGGGACUUGCCAGCCUGGAGAGAUCAGGAGCCACGCGGCCUGGCCACACAGAUCCCGAUCAUCAGGAAACCAUUUUGUACACCCACCCGAAGCAGAGAUAUUUUGUAAGAAGCGUAAAUUAUUUCCAGUUGUUUUCUGAUCCUACCUUUUUCUUUACCCCACACUCCACGUUGGCAAUUCGCUCACAUCAGGUAAAUCUUGAGAAAGCCUUGGUGCCCCCCUGCCCCCACUCAGUAACCACAUGCGUGCGCCCUCGUCCCUUCUCAGUAGUGACAGCGUUCUAGGCAAUACCAUAGACACAUCUGACUGUGUCUGUCUCUCCGAGUGCAAGAAACUCAAAUCAUCUUAAAAAAAAAAAAAAAAGAAAAAAAAGAAAAAAAAAACAAAAAAAAUUUACAAAAAAACAAACAAAAAAAAAAUAUCUUUUUUAGGCCAGAGUUUUCUACAGGUAUUAAUGAAUAUUUUUCUUAAUCCUUAUAAGUUUUAUGUGUUUAAUAUUUCUUAAUACCGGUAGCAUUAAUUUAUACUUUUGUAGCAACACAAUAUUUUUAUAAACAGCCAGUGCUUGGCUCAAGUCUUCACGGGGGUUUAUGCAGGGCCAUCUUGGGGACCCUGUGUACCAUGUACUGUAUUUAAAAAAAAAAUACCUAGUGUCACACUUGCUGUGUUGAUUAACAAAAGGCGUUGUUGGCGGUCUCCUGUGUCGUUGAUGUACAUUCGGCGCUUCUCCGAGGAGUCAUUGCAUGGGGGUUGAGUUGAGGUUCUUGUGAUAUGUGAACCCCCGAGGCCAAUCUUGAGGGUUUAUUUAGGAUUUUCUGUGUGUCCUUUGGGUUUUUCUUUUCACUUUGUUUUGGUACCGUUUCUCCAUUUACAGCCCAAAUCAGUUUUCAUGAUGUUUAAAACUUUUACUGAUUGUCAAAUGGAGGAAAGGAACAGGAAAAAAAAAAAAAAGAAUUUUUACUAAGUAAUAAAAUUUAAAACUGAGCUGUUUAAAUGUUGCUGUUUUUACCUGUCUGUUCUCGUCCGAAAGUGGAACAUUCCCAGGGAGAAGAGGAAGGUUCCAUCGGGUUCUUUAAGUCACCAAAAGCCCCAGCCCAGGAUUCAGUCCCCCGCCCUCCCCCCCGCCCCUGAAUUCUCACCACGCUCUUCCCCGGUGGUUGAUACCAAGGCAAAACAUCCUUUUCAUGGUUAGAGAGGAUCAGUUGCUUAAAUGAAUUCAUGUCGGUUGUAUUUAUGGUUUUACAAUAAAACGACCUUUAGGAAGA